AUGGAGGUUUCCGCUGAGCCUUCGCCUCCUCGUGUGUCUGAAUGCUCGGGCCUUCCCAGCGCUUCUUCUGCCGGCCUCGAACGUAGCAGCACCCCCGCGGCCGCCCCCGAUUCUUCCCAAUCUACCGUCCCGAGGAGAAGAACCUUUGCCUCUGCGGCCCAGCGAGUCAUCAUCCGGGAACGACUCAGAAAAGCGGAAGAGGAAGACGACAGCGAUGACGAAGAAGAUGAGGAUCCAGAGGAAGUCUUCUCGAAAGACCAGAUGGAAGAGAAAGCCAAAGCGGGCGAUGCCAGAGCUCAGACUCGGUUGGGUCAGCACUACUUGAUUCUUGCUGAAGAAGAGGAUGUCGAUGUAAACAAUCGCCGGGCUGUGAAUUGGUUGAUAAAAGCGGCAAAACAGGGAAGAAAGAGUGCAGCAAGAGCCUUGCAGCGCUGUUGGAUCCGUAAAAUAGGAAUCACAGCGGAGAAUGAGGAAGAUGUUCGGAAACUGUCGGCAGAGAGUAAGUUCGAAAGGGCGGUGCGUAAAGCAGCUAUGCUGAUGUACUGGAAGCUAAAUCCAGAGAAGAAGGCUAAAGUGCCCGUGACUGAGAUGCUGCAGAAUGUCGGCCAGGUCAACGCAGGACUGGGAGACGCUGGAAAAGGGAUAUCUGACCCCACCUCGGACGAGACUCAGAAAAUACUGGAAAACAUGGUCACCUGUGAGAGCGAUCGCUUGGUGGACCUGGACGACUUUGUGGAGAUGACUCAGAGUUACGCUCAAGGUAUCGCUCCCUCAUCUUCUGAACCACAAACCCCCGAUGGCACAGAGGUGGCGCUGGCCCCCUCAGAAGACGAGAAGCCCCACAGAGGGUCUUGGAAUUUUGCCGGAAGGGGGAUGAUGCUGGACACGAAGCAGACUAGCGCCAUUCAAAAAGCAAUGGCUAUGAAAUCCCGCUUAGCGAUGCUGCGCCAUCCGCUGGAUUCUGUGAUGGAGGUGAAGGAGCACCUGGUGGACUGGGCGUCGCGGGCCGGCGUCCAGUGGCUGAGCACCGUCAUCCCGACGCAGCACGUCAACACGCUCAUCUUCUUCUUCAUCAUCAGUAACCUCACCAUUGACUUGUUUUCCUUUGUCAUCCCGCUCCUGGUCUUCUAUCUUUCCUUCAUCGCCAUGAUUAUUUGCACACUGCGUGUUAUUCAGAGUAGUAAGACCUGGGAGAACUUUCGAGCCCUGACGUCCCUCCUGACCCGUUUUGAACCCGGCCUGGAUGUUGAGCAGGCAGAGACCGACUUUGGCUGGAAUAACCUCGAGCCGUACCUCUACUUUAUAUUCUCCGUCUUCUUCGUCAUAUUCUCGUUCCCUGUCGCUGACAAGGGCUGGAUACCCUGUUCGGAGCUCUCGACGGUGGCCAUCUUUUUCACGGCGGUGAGCUACCAGAGCCUCAGUCCAAUGGCUGCGACAUACGCGCGACGAGCAAUGGUCAUAGAGGUUGCUUCGUCUCUUUGUGGCCUGACUCAGCUGCUGCCUGAAAACAUGACAAUGUUCGGCAUCCUCGGACGCACCUUUGCCGCUCUGCCACUCGGGGAGUCAGUCGUGCUGCAGCUCAGUAUUCCCUGCCUGCUGUAUGUUUACCUUUUUUACCUUUUCUUCAGCAUGGCGGGAAAGCGCGGCUUCCGGGGGACGUACUGCAUCCUGGUGCCCUACCUGGUGUGCUUCAUGUGGUGCGAGUUCUCAGUGGUGCUCCUCCAGAAUUCCACGGCUGUGGGCAUACUCCGCACCUGCGUGGCCUACUUCCUCUUCCUGUUUGCGCUGCCUGUUCUGGCGGUGGGCCUCGCCAUCAUGCUCUUGAUCCAGCUCUUCAAGUGGUUCCUGGAGCUGGAGCUCACCAAGAUGAUUGUCACUUUAGUGGUGUGCGCCAUCCCCGUCACUCUCCGGCUCUGGACGCGGUUCAGCACGUCAAUUCUGGGUGUUUUCCGCUCGAUGACACGCCGCGGCCCCGUUAAACUCAUCUUACUUUGCAUCUCCACGGUGAUCCUGUUCUUCUCGAUCUACGUGUACCACGCAGAAGGUCAGAAAGUCUACAACUCCACCUUGACUUGGGACCAAUACAGUCAGGUGUGCGGACCCCCUGCCUGGCAAUCCAAAGGAAUGGCCAAGACACAGAUCUUCUGCAGCCACCUGCAGGGGCACAGGGUGACCUGGACAGGCCGCUUUCAGCACGUCAGCGUGGCCGAGACGGAGAACGGGGCGCAGUCUGUCAUUAACAUGUUGCCCGUGUUUCUUGGGGACUGGCUGCGAUGCCUCUAUGGCGAGACAUACCCUAAAUGUGAGCCGAAGAAUGGGACAAACCAGACAUCUUCCGGCUCCACGCCAGUUGCCGUCUCGCUGCCCAUGCUGCUACGAAUGCAAGAAGAAGAAGAGAUGUGUCAGAUCAAGGCUCUGGCCAAACACGCCUGCCACGUCAAGCGCUUCGACAGCUACCGAUUCCGAGUGACCGUCGGGAUGAUCGGGAACCGAAGCGCAGAGGCGGACGACCCGGGCAUGGAUAUGGUGCUCGUGGCCAGCCAUGAGUUCCGACAGGUCCUGCUCAACUUGGAAGCGGGUAAUAUGGUGGAGUUCUGCACCAAGCUGGAGGGCCGCCUAGGAGCCAAGGCCGCGGCCUUCGAGUUGAAGGCUAUCAACUGUCUGGACUGUGUUUCCCCACUGUCGCCUGGCGGUAGGCAGGUAAAGAUAGAACGAGACUGGAGACGUACGACAAUGCGAGCCCUGAAUUUUGCAUUUGAUUUCUUCUUUUCGCCGUUCCUGUCAGCGAAGAUCACCGGCUGAGAACAGAACCGAGGAGGGCACCAAAGCCAAAACCGCUGUGCUGUACUGUACCGUUCAAAAUUUGACUUGAAUUUGACCCAGCGAGCCACCUUGGAUUUCUUUAUGUGAAGAUAGUCACUGAUGUCAGCCAACAGACAUGAUAGUGAUAAAAGUAAUGUGUCAUUUUGAGUGGGCAUGAGUUUAGGUCCGUUUUUAGGGUGUUAAGACCCAAACUUUGGCUGGAAAAACUUACAUUUCCUUGGUGUGCAGGACAAUGUGUUUUUGAACCCAUUCAUUUGCUUGACUGCAUAGCUUGUUGAGAGCCACAGGGAAGAUGUGGUCUGGUAAAACGCAGUCUCCAUCCUGGACUGGUUUGUCAGUCAAUCGCGGGGAAUUUGGGAAGAGUGGGAAUCGAGCGCAUUGCAGCUGCACAAAAGCGACCAGAACCGCAGCACUAACAAUGGCUAAACUGCAUCAUUUGAAUACCUUCUGUAAAGGAGUCUUUGAAAAGAGGCAACUAACGAGGAUUUGGUCGGCCACAUCUGUAGACCAACUGAUCUUCGGGGACUAUUAUCCUAUGUUCAAACAGGAACUCUAUUCCUUUUGAAUGAUGUGAAAUGAUUUGUUUGCAUGUUUACAUGA